GAAUUUUCAGUUAACCAAGUUGGUCCAUAUUUUGCUUUUUCCUUUAGGGAAAAUUGGGCUGAGAAGGAGGCAAAGUUCAGCAGAAUCAUCAAACAGGUUCUAAAAUGUGAUCUCCACAAAAGCAACCCCUUGGAUCCAGUCAUCUUGCUUCCAACUGAUGGCCUGGUCUCAUCACUGUGCUUGAAAUCUGCUUGCAAAGAUCUGACCACUUAUCGCAUUGCUCUGAAGAACAUCAGCUCCCUGUUAAAGCCAGGAGGGCACUUGGUGCUGAGUGGAGUUUUGAGCUGCAGUUUCUACAUGGUUGGCCCCAAAAGGUUCUCGUGUUUGGUCCUGAAAGAGGAAUUUCUGAGAGAAGCCCUCAGUGAAACUGGCUCCAUCAUUCAGGAGUUUGAGGUUCUCAUCAGGGAUGAUAAUAUUGAUGACAGCUGUGAUUUCUCUGGGAAGUUCUUCAUUCUCGCUCGCAAAGAGGAAGCAAUAUAAAUCCUUUGGGGAGUAUGGGUAAAGGACCCCCCCCCCUGAAGUAAGGGAGAUAAUAUUACUAAUAAACAUACCAAUAAAAUGAAUGCAGUAUUUUCUCCAGCAAUGUUAAAUACAUUAACCCUUUCUUGUGAAAUACACAAUGCCCAUGACCAAUUGUUACUGGCUAAGUACCAAUAAAUCAGAGCUAGAAAUCUUGUUAAGUA